ACAAAUCUUUGGAGAUGAGAAUCACGUCGGAGCCAUGGGUGAAGACUUGGACCUUGACAGUCAUCCGCUGUCAGCCUAAAGCCACUUGGCCAUCAGACGAAUGUCCUAGUUACAUUGUGGAUAACGUUGGUAAUUCCACGCACUUGGGCCACCAAGGGCACUUCGACCUCAACUGCUGCUACUUCUUUCGGCUACAACCUGUGAGCAGCAUACCACAGUGUACAUUGCAAGUAAGUGACAUGCACUUCCCCAGCGAGUGUUACACGCCAUCACCAACACCAUCAACAACACCACUGCCGCCACCUGAAGGGUUUUCUUGGAUAUACUGGGCGGUCGUGGUUGCAGUGGGCCUGGCAGCAAUACAGGGCGUGUUGUUAGCAGCUUGGUACCUCAGGUACAAGGCAACACCAUCUAGUACCAAACCUUGUCAUCAGUGGGAAGAAAAGAAACAGUCGAUGGAGCACCACCUGCAGCUGGUGGUGCAGCAACUACCUGUAAUGUUGGUGUAUGCCCAUGAUGUCUCCGACCUCCAACUGACACUUCUUACCACCUGGCUCACUGACCACCUGAGAUGUCAGGUUCACAACUUGUAUAAUACCAACGAGACGGUGGAGCGAACAGUGGACCCGUAUCAGUGGCUGCUGACGAUGCUGUCCAGCAGCAGCGUCUCCGUCAGGGUGGUACUGGUGAUGUCUCCUGCCCUCAACACUAUCCAGAAGGCUGUGGUUGAGGGCCGUGGAGACCAAGUGGUGGACGGAGUUCCUCCAGGCGAUAGAUUCCACACCAGUUUAUUGACAGCGACUCUGAAGCGACUACAGCAGCAAGACCUUGUCAGGAACUACCGUCGUGUGUUCAUCGUCAGCUUGGACGAGACGGAGAUGGUUGCCAUGCAGUUCGAGAAUCCACAGAUGGUGAAUCCACAGUUGAAGAAUCCACAGAUGGUAAAUCCACAGGAAGGUUAUGCAGAGUCACAGAUGGAGAGUGAACUAGAUGGCAACAUGGACCUGUUGGUGGAACACAUGCGUUACUGUUUUCCCCGGCACCAGCAGCAGCUGGCAGCUGCUCUCUUGCAACACUAGGAUCUGGAUCCUCGUAGUGCCAACAACACCUCCCAACAGCCUCCAUAAACAAAUUCUUAUUUGGUAACUAUACACCCGGAAUAGAUUAAAAAAAAUUGAACAAUUUUUUACUGCAUUAGCGUGUAUAGUUUCCAGAAUGAUAGAUAUGUACAACACUAGGGUAUCAGAAUGAUGAAUAAUGAUGAAUAGUGUUAUAGUGUAUCCCACAGUGGCACUGUAGUAUAUAGAUAAUAAAUGCUAAAGUGUCAUUUAAAACAGGUGUAACUGUAACUGAAGUGAUAGGCUUAAAGAGGCAGGUGCCAGCAGUCGCCAGAAACCUACCACACAGGUCAGCUGUUUUAAUAAUCUUCCUGGCCUGCUAGUGUACCUCGCACGUAAUCUUCCUAGCCUGCUAGUGUACCUCGCAUAUAAUCUUCCUAGCCUGCUAGUGUACCUCGCACGUAAUCUUCCUAGCCUGCUAGUGUACCUCGCAUAUAAUCUUCCUAGCCUGCUAGUGUACCUCGCACGUAAUCUUCCUAGCCUGCUAGUGUACCUCGCAUAUAAUCUUCCUAGCCUGCUAGUAUACCUCGCAUAUAAUCUUCCUAGCCUGCUAGUGUACCUCGCACGUAAUCUUCCUAGCCUGCUAGUGUACCUCGCAUAUAAUCUUCCUAGCCUGCUAGUGUACCUCGCACAUAAUCUUCCUAGCCUGCUAGUGUACCUCGCAUAUAAUCUUCCUAGCCUGCUAGUGUACCUCGCACAUAAUCUUCCUAGCCUGCUAGUGUACCUCGCAUAUAAUCUUCCUAGCCUGCUAGUAUACCUCGCAUAUAAUCUUCCUAGCCUGCUAGUGUACCUCGCAUAUACUUAGUGAUACCAGUGGGGGAAAUUUUCCUUUUAAAUUACGUUAAGUUGCAAAAUCUUGAGGAAAUACGAAAAGUGAACAGUUUUGUAAAAAUACGAUAUUAGUGAAGGUUUACAACAAUAAGACCAUUUAUCCUCCAGAAACCUUUCCACAGUGUUGUAGUAGCAAAUAACCAGUAAUAUAAUGGUACUUACUGGAGUGGAGUGACCAUCAUUAGUUUUUUCUUCAUUUUUGAAAUAUUAGACGUAUACAGUGGAAAUUCAUAUAACCUGUAGUUAGCAGCGGUCGCAAUAUACACAACGAAAAGCAAAUAUUACUCCAGCAAAAUCGACUUUCCUCCAGUAAUCUUCACCAGCCAACUAUAGUGAUAACAUAGCAUUUGUUGUGGUGGAGACGGAAAAAUUCUAGAAAAGCUAAAUACAGUGAUCUAUAAACCUUCAGGCUGUAAAUAAGGGUUGAGGUCUGACCGUUCGUCACUGUAGGAGCUGCCAGCAAUAUUUGAUGUUAUCCUGACGCCAAAUGACUUCGAACAGGCGAUAAAUGACAUGCCCAUGCACUCUGCCCCAGGGCCAGACUCAUGGAACUCCGUGUUCAUCAAGAACUGCAAAAAGCCCCUAUCACGUGCUUUUAACAUCCUCUGGAGAGGGAGUAUGGACACUGGGGUCGUCCCACAGUUGCUAAAAACAACAGACAUAGCCCCACUCCACAAAAGUGGCAGUAAAGCAAUAGCAAAAAACUACAGACCGAUAGCGCUAACAUCCCAUAUCAUAAAAAUCUUUGAAAGGGUCCUAAGAAGCAAGGUCGCCACCCAUCUUGAUACCCAUCAAUUACACAACACAGGGCAACAAGGGUUUAAAGCAGGUCGCUCCUGUCUAUCCCAACUUCUGGAUCACUAUGACAAGGUCCUACAUACACUAGAAGACAUAAAGAAUGCAGAUGUAAUAUAUACAGACUGCAAAAGCCUUCGACAAGUGUGACCAUGGCGUAAUAGCGCACAAAAUGCGUGCUAAAGGAAUAACAGGAAAAGUUGGUAGAUGGAUCUGUAAUUACCUCACAAACAGAACACAAAGAGUAGUAGUCAACAGAGUAAAGUCUGAGGCGGCUACUGUGAAAAGCUCUGUUCCACAAGGCACAGUACUCGCUCCCAUCUUGUUUCUCAUCCUCAUAUCUGACAGACAAGGAUGUCAGCCACAGCACCGUGUCUUCCUUUGCAGAUGACACCCGAAUCUGCAUGACAGUGUCUUCCAUUGCAGACACUGCAAGGCUCCAGGCGGACAUCAACCAAAUCUUUCAAUGGGCUGCAGAAAACAAUAUGAAGUUCAACGAUGAGAAACUUCAAUUACUCCAAUAUGGUAAACAUGAGGAAAUUAAAACUUCAUCAGAGUAUAAAACAAAUUCCAGCCACACAACAGAGCGAGAAACUAACGUCAAAGACCUGGGAGUGAUCAUGUCGGAGGAUCUCACCUUCAAGGACCAUAACAUUGUAUCAAUCGCGUCUGUUAGAAAAAUGACAGGAUGGAUAAUGAGAACCUUCAAAACUAGGGGUGCCAAACCCAUGAUGACACUCUUCAGGUUGCUUGUUCUAUCUAGGCUGGAAUAUUGCUGCACACUAACAGCACCUUUCAAGGCAGGUGAAAUUGCUGACCUAGAAAAUGUCCAGAGAACCUUCACGGCGCGCAUAACGGAGAUAAAACACCUCAAUUACUGGGAGCACUUGAAGUUCCUAAAACUGUCCCCUCAAGGAAGGUUCCUUGAUGUUGGCGAGGGGCUCUUGAUUUAGGGAAUUGGAUCUGUGCUCCAGUUCCCCGAAUUAAGCCUGAAUGCCUUCCACAUCGCCCCCCAGGCGCUGUAUAAUCCUCCGGGUUUAGCGCUUCCCCCUUGAUUAUAAUAAUAAUAAUCCUAAAACUGUACUCCCUGGAACGCAGGCGGGAGAGAUACACGAUUAUAUACACCUGGAAAAUCUUAGAGGGACUAGUACCAAAUUUGCACACGAAAAUCACUCUCUACGAAAGCAAAAGACUCGGCAGACGAUGCAACAUCCCCCCAAUGAAAAGCAGGGGUGUCACUAGCACGUUAAGAGACAACACAAUAAGAUUGUCAGGGGCCCAAGACUGUUCAAAUGCCUCCCAACAUACAUAAGGGGGAUUACCAAUAGACUCCUGGCUGUCUUCAAGCUGGCACUGGACAAGCACCUAAUGUCGGUACCUGACCAGCCGGGCUGUGGCUCGUACGUUGGAUUGCGUGCAGCCAGCAGUAACAGCCUAGUUGAUCAGGCCCUGAUCCACCAUGAGGCCUGGUCACAGACCGGGCGGCGGGGGCGUUGACCUCCGGAACUCUCUCGAGGUAAACUCCAGACUAAAUACUCAAUACUCAAUAUUUAACAUUAGCAAUAAAUCUACCAAUUACCCAAAUCUUAAAACUUCAAGAGUAGUCGAUCAAGUUCAUAUAUUGACAAAUUACCACAUAGAAGUAUACAUACCUACCAAAAGCAGUAUUAGCCUUCACCAAAUUGUAGCAGUCUCAUUCUGUAAACUACUGUUAACUACUGUUAACUACUGGAAACUACUCUUGAAUAAUGUUUCAUAAAAAGCAUUUUUGAACAUAUGAAUAUAUCCUUGUUUUUAUAUAUUAGAUUCACUUAUAAUUUACAGAACUUCUGUACAACUACGAUAAAUUUCUUUAGUGUUAAGUAGUCAGUAAGCCAUUAAAUUAAGUCGGCCCAUAAUGCCUAGGCAUAAUAGAGGCUCUUUGCACUGCAACCCAUUAUUGUAAAAACAUAAUCUCGAUGUACUACCUGCAAAAAAUAAAUAAAUUUUAAUUUGAA